GGCUUUCCUUUCGUGUUCGCGCUCGACACACACGGAGUCGCCCGAUCCGUAAGCCUAAGUAUUCCGUGCGCGUGUGUUGCAUAGAGUACGACGUACCGCGUGCGCGCGCGCGAACGACACGGCAGUAGCCAGAUAGCGGAGCGGAGGAGCCGAGUCGCGCGAGUGGAGUGCCAGUCUGCCAGUCUGCCAGUCUCGAUCCGCUCUCCCGCAGGCCAGCAGUGCGUGCAGCGCAGUUCGCCACUCGCCUCGCAGAUUCUGGAAUCUUGCUCGCCUUGCUCGCAGCCCGCUCACCCGUCGACGUCCAAGCACCGCAGAGGCUCGAAUGGCGUUCCUGAGGAGGCUGCCGCGGUGCUGCGCCGCCAAGCAGCUGCAGCAGGUGGUGCGCGAGCGCACGAGCACCGCUGCGGCUACUGCCGCCACCUCGGCCCCGGCCCAGGCCGAGCUGCCCCCGGCCCAGCAGACCAGACAGCUCGACCCGCUCGACCUCAAGUUCAACGAUCCCGUCGCCUCCUUCAAGAGCAAGACCAUGACCGAGCUCGUGCGCGCCUACGUCGUCUACCAGCUCUGCUCCGUCGAGUUCCUCGUCGAGAACAACGCCAAGUUGAUGAGACUUAUGCAGACGUUGAUGGGCGAAAGGCUGUUCUCGUUUGUCAUGAAGUCUACGUUCUACGGCCAUUUCGUAGCUGGAGAAGACGAAAUCAAAAUCGCACCGGUCCUCAGCAGGUUGCGACAGUUCGGAGUGAAGCCGAUUCUCGAUUACUCGGUUGAGGAGGACAUCACACAGGAAGAAGCUGAGCGACGUGAAGUCAAGGCCUCCGUGUCGGAAGCCGGUGACGAGAAGAAUUCGGGUACUUUGAAGAAGUACCACGUAGAGAAGUCUUUCGCGGACAGGCGAUACAAGGUCUCCUCUGCCAGAACGUACUUUUAUCUAAACGAAGCUUCCUGCGAGAGGAACAUGGACAUUUUUGUCAGAUGUCUCGAGGCUGUAGCAAACAAUUCACAUGGGGCUGGAUUCACGGCUGUAAAACUGACCGCUCUCGGCAGGCCGCAACUUUUGCUCCAACUGUCCGAGGUGAUAAUGCGCGCUCGACAGUACGUCUCGGACGUCGUGGGCGGCGAAGGAGCGGUACUGGCACAUCACGCGAAGCCUGAGAUUUUCGAAAGAAAGUUCGAGGAGGCGCACAUUCGAGAGUCGGCGCCGGUUCAGAAGUUCUUGCAAAAGAUUCAAUCCGACAAAGAAGGUGUGAUCCACUUGUUCCCCUGGAGCGGAAUCCUGGACGAGAACUACGAGCUGAGCGAGACCUUCCAAGUGCCGGACAUCAAAACGGGAAAAAUGGUGAGACUUAUGACGCAGCUGACGAGGAAAGAGGAAGAGAUGUUCCGGAACAUGAUCAGACGGCUCAACAACAUCGUAUCGGUGGCGGACAAGCUGGACGUGCGCAUCAUGAUCGACGCGGAGCAGACGUACUUCCAGCCGGCAAUCUCCCGACUGACACUGGAGAUGAUGCGCAAGUACAAUACAAAGAGGGCUGUGGUGUUCAACACAUACCAGACGUAUCUGCAGGACGCCUUCACCGAAGUCAAGACUGAUCUCGAACAGGCUGAGCGGCAGAACUUCUAUUUCGGCGCCAAGAUCGUGCGGGGCGCGUAUAUCGAGCAGGAGAGAGCUCGAGCUGCGGCGAUGGGCUACGCGGAUCCAACGAACCCAACCUACGAGGCAACGACCGAGUCGUAUCACAGGACCCUCAUGGAGUGUCUGCGCAGGAUGAAGCAGUACAAGGAUAAAGGAGAGGAUCCGAAGAAGAUUGGCAUUAUGGUGGCUUCGCACAACGAGGACACAGUGCGCUUCGCCAUUGAAAAAAUGAAGGAGAUUGGUAUUUCUCCCGAGGACAAAGUCAUCUGCUUUGGUCAAUUAUUCGGCAUGUGCGAUUACCUGACAUUCCCGCUCGGUCAAUCGGGCUACUCUGCGUACAAAUACAUCCCCUACGGGCCGGUGAAGGAGGUACUGCCGUACCUGUCGCGGCGAGCGCAGGAGAACCGCGGAGUACUUAAGAAGAUCAAGAAGGAAAAGCAGCUGCUGCUCACGGAGAUCACGAGGCGCUUGAUGAGCGGCCAGAUCUUCUACAAGCCGAAGGGCAACUACACCCCCGUGUGAGCGGCCCCCAGGCGACAGCCCGACCAUCUCGAACCGGGGACAGAUCAAUACCACAGUAUAGUUAGCGUGAACACGGCUUGAGGAUUCGCGACCGAUCAGACACACGAAUAAAAAAGACGACAGACUAUACCAGACGCACGAACAUAUCGUAGACGAAGACAAGGCGCGCGAAUCGACUCGAUCGGUAAAACGAGGAGAGAGGUAUACAGGCGUAGUGAAGGAGCCGACGACGAUGAUGGACUCUCAUACUUUAACGAAACGACUGAUCCGAGACGUACAAUAUCACGAUGAUAUAUAUAUAAUAUAUACUAUAUAGUAUAGCGAUGAGUGCGACGGUAUCAGGUGCGUUGCAUGCUCGCCGGAGUGUUGCGCUGUUCUGCGCGCGGGUGGCCAGAGCAGCCUCAUAGAUAAAAGUCAGUCGAGGGGAAUAAUUUCCCCGCUCGUCUUUGAAGCCCGCGCCGUCGCCGGUUGGUUCGUUUGUUUCUCUUUCACCCUUUUGUUGGCGUAUAAUCCGUUUUGAUUUAUAUGUUUGCGAAUUCAAAAAUGUAACAAAAAAUUAAUAAUGUUUGUUUUUAACGUAUAUUUCACCUAUAUACGACGAAUUUAAAAGUACUGUGCAGCCGAUUUUUAUGUGUGCACUCCUAUGAUAUAUUUAUUCGAGAGGCUGCGAGGGAUUGCGAAUAGAAGCGUGAGUGAGAGUACUGUUGACACGGCUAAGAUGGGACGGCGCGGAACACGAUAGAGAAAGAAAUAGCGCGCGCAAAUAAUGCCACUGCAUUUCAGCGAGUUACCUAUAGGACUUACACACAUACAUGCUCACACACAAGUACACACAUCUACACCACGUAAGAUCAUGUAUAUGAAGAAUGGAGGAAAGAGGGUAUGAAGACUGGAUGUUCUGGGAAAAAGCUGGAGCAUGUUUCAGGAGAAGCUAUCAAAGGGCGCGACGUUUGUGUUGACUGAACGAUGAGCAUAUAGGCAUGAUUUCAUAGGUGUUCGUUAACAUGCGAACGACUGUUGGAGACAUUAUACGGGCAUCGAUCGUCUUCAACUCUUUUUUCUCCGUUCACUUUGUAAUUUCCCCGAGGAAGUGGAUUUUCUUUUAGAUGAAAUUGUUUUUAACGUUUGCUUGUCACAGUAAUUGUUUUUAAGCUUUUGUUUAAUAGAAAAAUUCAUAAAAAUAAAAGGAAAGAUUCAUUGUUUUAAGUGAAUUUUUACAAAAUGUAUCUUCAAUAUGUGAUUUUAGACGGUAUGUUUUUAUGAUUUUUUUUAGCUCGACGUGUAAAACAACUAUUGUGCGAUAAACGAAUUCAGAAUACUUAUUUGCCAUGCCUGAAACUUUGAAAAUGCGAGAUUGGUUUUUGAAAUUUUAGGCCAGGCAUUCGGAUUAAUUGAAAAGAAUAAUACUUAUUCGUUUGAAGAAGAUCGAUGCUGCUAAUCAAAGCAUUUGUUAAUUGCGGCUUGUUAGACUCACUGAGCAACAUAAGUGCCAGUUUAAUUUAGACGGAAACUAACGACCUUAUGACUGUGAAACUUAAUAAGGAAGUACAAUGCUUUAUUAAGACUACGAUAUUAUUUUAGAAGUAUAUUGCUAAUUAUGUGUCAAUUUUCAAGGCAGCGUGUGUAAUUACGAAAAAAGUCCGCCCCAGUAUGUUUUAUCUGUUUGCUUCCUGAAAAUCUUAUAAAGUCGUAGAAAAAAUCACCCAUGAAUGUUCAAAAGAGAAGAAAAUUGGAAAAACACAAAAAAAGCGAAACAAGCAGCCUGUUUACAAUACUUGCAUUUUUAUAAUUUUCAUAGCGGUUUUUGUAAAGUUAUGUCGACGAGAUAUACGUACUUUGUAAAUCGACGAUGCACCUGUGCUUUUUGAAUUGUAAAAGGUUACGAUGAUAUUGUUGUAAAACGUUAAAUCUCUGUAAAUCAUGUGCGCAUGACGGCGAAAAAUUGCAAGAUGCGAAAUUAGAAAAAUUAUUAUGUGAAUACGACAAAACUAUUCGACAAAAAAAAAACAAUUGAUUUGAGAACUAAUAAAGGGGCAUUGUUAAAGUUA